UUUCCUAUUCCGAUUGAAAGAGGGUUUGUGGUACAAAUACGAUCUGAUUUCAGGCUUGUAUUGUUUUAUGAUUUAUUUGUUCAAGUUUUUUCUUUCUUUCUUUCUCCAAUUCAAAGGAAUUUGACAUAAUGAGUUGGAAUCUCCGCCUUACAGAGGUUUGUCGUAUAAACAAUGGUGCUUCUCCCGGAAGUAGUACUCAGUAUUACCGGGAUUUUCCUCAGCUUGGGUAUGUUACAAUAGAUUAUAAUCAUGAGCCUACGCAAUAUGUUAACAAUGACCUAAUUGUCCAUGAGGAACUAUCAGCCAAAUCAGAUCAUCAAAGGCUGAUGGAGAGAUUGGAAUUAUACGAAUUCGUUGAACAACAAGUUUCUGGAGACGGCAACUGUCAAUUCCGCUCAAUUUCUGAUCAAAUUUAUGGAAGUAGUGAACAUCACAGAUUAGUGAGGGAACAAGUUGUUAAACAACUCAAAUCGAAUAAAGAGUUGUAUGAGGGUUAUGUUCCAAUGGUGGAGUAUGAUGAAUACUUGAAUAGAGUGAGCAAGUGUGGUGAAUGGGGUGAUCAUGUAACUUUGCAGGCUGCUGCAGAUUCAUAUGGCGUUAAGAUAUUUGUCAUUACAUCAUUUAAAGAUACCUGCUACAUUGAGAUUCUUCCACGAAAUCGUCGUCAUCACAAGAUCAUUUUUUUGAGCUUUUGUGCUGAAUUGCACUACAAUUCAAUCUAUCCUGAAGAAGAGUAUCCUGGUGAAGAAACAAGAAAGAAUAAAAAAUGGUGAUGGUGGUGGCCGUCAAUAGGGGUGGACAUAAAUAUCCAACAGCCAAACAAACACUCUUUGGUAGCUAGCUUCUUAUGGAACAGAGCACACCUAUUAGUUUUUUUUUUUUUACACCUUGUAGUUUCUUUCUCCGAGUUAAUUAUAACACAAUUUUGCCAAUUUUGGGUCUUCAUUCUUUAUGUAUAUAUUAUUUUCAUUUAACUUUUGUAGUUAGUUCUUCUAUUAUUAA